CAGUAAGACAAUGUCGUAUUGUCUUCCUAACUGUUAGGUUUCAGUGCUGUUUUUAAUCCCUUGUGACUUAAUUUGUCAUAUGCAAAACGUUUUAGAUAUUUCCAACUCAAACAGAACAACUGUACAGUUACUUGAUUCUUCGAGACCUUAAAAUCACGCGGGAGUCGGAAUGCCACAAAGAAAGAAGAAAAGAAAGGGAAAUUCAAUGGAGAUGAAAAAGAAUGGCUUUUCAAGAGACAGAGAUUAUACACUUAGUAUUAAAACUGAAGAAUUCGAAAAAGAGGCGGAAGAGGUUGAUACAGACAUCCCUAAAGAUAAAGAUUCAAGGGAAAAACAACUUCAACAAGCUGCGAUAUCGGGGGACAUUGAAGUCGUAGAAGAUUUGAUGUCAAAAGGAAUAGAACUGUCUAUAACUGAUGAGUUUGGCCGCACUCCACUGCAUAACGCCAUACUAGGCAAUCAGCUGCAUAUCGUGGAGAUUUUACUCGCUAAAGGUGCAAGUGUCCGAGUGCAGGAUGAAAGAGGUGACACGUCUAUUCACACGGCUGUAAGGACUGGUGACGAGAAAAUAUUAAAGAGAUUGUUGCAAAAUCCUGAAUGUAAUGUUAACGCAACUGGUCGCCGUAAUGUCACACCGCUUCACCUGGCCGCUGGAAUGGAUCGUGUGAACGUCUGCAAGCUGCUGAUUGAACAUCAAGCUGUGAUAAACAGUAAGGAUGACGAUCAAAUGACACCUCUGGGUCAUGCCGUGGAGAGAGGAGCGAAAGAAGCUGUCAGCUAUUUGUUUUAUUAUGCCCGCUCCCAAAAGUUCCAUUUGGAUUCAUUUCUUUACAAGGCUGAUUUGGAUGGCUCUUCCCUUCUACAUAUGGCAGUCGAUGGUAGAAAUGAAAAGAUUGUAGAACUGUGUCUACUAAACGGGGCCAGAGUGCGAUUUCCUAAGACCUCUGAUAAGAGUACAGCCUUUCAUAUGGCAUGCGCACAAGGCUCUUUGGAAAUUGUCAAACUUUUGGUCAGUUAUGACCUUUCAAUCGGUCGAACUACGCUACUUGACGCCGAGGGACAGACGCCUCUUCAUAGAGCCGCCACUAACAAUCACGUGUCUGUAGUUGAAUACCUUCUUGAUCAGGGCGCCACAAGAGACCCCCCUGACAAGUCACGUAGCACCCCCCUGUUUAAAGCAGCCUCUAAAGGCGCAGUAGAUACAGUGCGUUUCCUACUUGAGCGAGGUGCUGACGUCACUGUUAAGACUUUAGAACUGAGAACAGUGAUCCAUGCAGCUGUUCCUUACCCCAAUGUCAUGGAGUUGCUGUUAAGGGUGCCUUCCUCAGCCUAUCUCAUUACAGAUAAGGAUUACAAGAGCCUCACACCAGCUCACUACGCGGCUGCAAAGGGACAAUCCCAGGUCAUCACACUCCUCAUGGCAACCAACAAAGCUGCCGCUGGUUUGACGUCAAACGAAUUGGACACACCUCUGCACAUUGCAGCAAAAUUCGGAUGGUUGCCAAUAGUGGAGAGUCUCUUGGUUGGACGAAAUGUUCGUAUGAUAAAUUUACAAAACAGCAAAGGCAUGACUCCUCUCCACCUUGCUUGUUCCAAUGGACAUGACCUGGUGGUCGAGUACCUCUUGACUAAAGCAGCAACUAUAGAGAAGGACCAAUAUCAAAAGACAGCCUUGCAUUUAGCAGCCUCUCGAGGUUCAAAGAGGUGUAUCAUGUCCAUCGUGGAUAAACAUCCGGAGUGCCUGAACAAUGUGGACGAAGCUAAGAAUACGGCUUUAAACCUAGCCUCAUUUGAAGGUCAUGCUGAGAUUGUUGUGUACUUAUUGUCACUUAAAGAUCAAGAAAUUUUGAUGAACUCUUAUAACCAAAAUGUACUGGACAUCGCACUUAAUGAGGAAAAGAAGGAUGUUGCCAUCGCAAUUGCUGAGCAUGAUAGAUGGAGGGAGGUUCUAAAUUCCUCAGCACCAGGCUCCUUGCUCAUGAUGCAAACACUCGUUAUCAAGAUGCCAGAAGUUGCAGAGAUCAUUUUGGAUCAGUGCGUAACGGAUGAAGGUGACGAAAUGAAAUCUAAUUUUAAAAUCAGAAGAGAUUUAACAAUAAUUCAACCAAAGUACGUCCCAAAUCCUGAGAAGGACCAGCUGACUGUGCUGAAGACUAUGGUAAAAUAUCGCCGUGAUAACUGUCUUACUCACAAAGUCGUCUUCAAUCUCGUGCAUUUAAAGUGGAAGAAGUUCGGAUUCACAUCCCUCAUUUUCAGCCUGUGUCUCUAUCUCAUGUACCUACUGCCACUGACUGCCUUGGCUUUGUACUCUCGAGACAACGAAAAGAAGAUCUGUGCACCAAACGACUCAGACAUUAGAAGGGAUUAUCUUGAGGACAUGCCCAUCACUCGCUCCAAUAUGAUCAUUCAAGUGCUUACCUACGUCGUCCUUGUCAUCACACUUGCCCAUUUAGCGAGCGAAGUUUUCCAAUUAAUCAAAAAGCGUGCAAACUACUUGGUAAGCUGCUCAAACUAUAUUGUGCUCACUGGAUACAUCAUCACUAUGUUGUAUAUCCUCCCUCCUAACGACUGCAAAUCUGGCUUCCAAAUCCAGAUCGGAGCCCUUUCUUUGUUCUUUGGUUGGAUGAAUUUAAUCCUCUAUUUACGAAGACUUUCCUUCUUGGGGUCAUACGUCAUCAUGCUGGCCACAAUGUUUAUCACGUUGUUUAAGGUGUUAAUGUUAUUCGCUUUGUUCAUCUUGGCAUUCGGUACAACUUUCUACAUGCUGAUUGACGAAAACGAAUUAGAAAUUUCACUGCUGCAUUGGCUUCUGACUAUCUUUGCCAUGACUCUGGGAGAGUUGAAUUACGCUGACAACUUCAUGCCUUUAGAGUAUCCUUUCGCAGAACUGAUCAAUGUACUCUUCAUCCUUUUCGUCCUUGCAAUGCCUAUCAUUCUCAUGAAUAUGCUGGUGGGUCUUGCUGUUGGGGACAUUGACAACAUUCAGAGAAACGCUACAAUGGACAGAUACGUUAUGCAGAUCAAAAUGUUACUGGAAACUGAAGAACAGCUUCCACGCUGGUUACGCAAACACGUUCAAUUCGAAAAAUUUGUCGAAUUUCCCAACAAAAAGCUUCCUUUGAAAACAAGGUUGUACAAUGCCAUAUGUGGUUUUGGUCAUCCGGGAGGUGAUGAGGACAAAAAAGACGAAGAGGAGGUCCCUCAUGAAGUCAUUGACAUUAAGACAAAAUUAGAAGAACAGGAAGCGAAAAUCAGUGAUAUAAGCAACAUGCUGAAGAAGCAAUCAGAAAUGUUAGAAGUCCUGUCUCAGAAUUUUAAACAGAAGGAGGGAGAGAACGACGAAGAAGAAAAAAGGGUAUCACCAUUGAAAUCUUUCAUGAGACCUUUUUAAAGUUCCUGUUUAACAACUGAUGUUCCUUUCUAUUUCACGAGGGUUUGAGGGUUUGAACAAUACCAUAAUUUCAACAAUACCAUAAUGACUCGCUGGCGUAGACAUCAACACUUACGAAGAAUGAUCCAAUAAAUAGGUUAGUGGUUGCGAUUGUAAAUAACUUGAAAAAUGAGGCGACAAUUUUCCAAGAAGCACAAACCGUAACACAAUCACUCAUAAUUUCAAUUUAGAACGUGUGUAACUCUAAAAUAGAUCUUAAAAGGGAUUUUACUUAGAGAUGCCUAUGUAAUUCUUGAUUAUGAUUGUUUCGAGAUGGCUUGAAGAUUUUGUUUUCAUUUGCCUAUAAUAGAUCUAAAUUAACAUUGUUUGAUUAUCAUAAUGAUUGUAUUUCGAUCCAGUUAAUCAAACCUAAAACCCAGUUAACUGCAGUGAAUUAACAGCACAAAAAGAAAUAUCGCAAGACCCAAUUAGAAUUUAAAGUUGAAACAAAAAAAUGCCUGAAAAGUGGAAAAACGUGAUUGAUAGCGAAAGCCGCCAUCGCUUCAAGGAUUGAACCUGAUGGGCAGAUAAAUCACAAAGCACGAAGAAACGCAAACUCGUGCAAUACCGAUUUACCCAAUCACAAUCCCGCUUUUAAAAUAAACCUCAGGCUCCCUGAGUUUAAGAAUUCACCUCUCAUCAAUUUUAACUAAAUCUUUGUUAUGAGGAAUUAAUGUUACCUUUCGUAGAUAGUUUUUUUAGUCAUUUUUAAGCAGCUGUUGUCUCAAGUGAUUAUCAGCACCCACAUAUCCGAGUAUUUCGUAAAAGUUCCAAGAGAGAAAACCUCCACAAUAAACGCAUUUUUCAGCACUGUACAUGGUUGGAUUAUAUAUGUAUCUCCAUUAUUGUAUCUGCAUGCUGUUCCCUGUAUUUUCAAUGCCUUUAUUGACACCGUUUCUUUUCAAGUCGAUAGUGAAAUUUCACAAUUUUUUUGUACUGUAUCUGUACAUUCCCCGGCUACCGUUAUAAAAUUAUUUAUCAUAAAAAU